AUGAAACUGUUGCUUCUUAAUGCUGCUAGUCGCUGGUUUAACUCGGAUGUGGCCAUCAUUUGCGAGCGCCUGAGAGCAUAUCUUGUUGUUGUGUUUAUGUCGACGUUCAGCCUUCUUCCUGUCUUGAUUAGGAUAAACUACGCAAAUAAUCAACAGACGAUUUGCGCAUUUGAUCUGCAAAUAUCGCGUUUUAUUGUGAAAGGAAGAUAUCGUUCUCGGUCUGAGAAUGAGACUUUUCCUGUUCAGUGUGACACUAGUCCCCUCCUAAACACUAACUCAAAUCUUCGAUACACUGUUCACCUCAUAAUUACCGUGGUACUGGUUCUUGUUAACAUCCUACCCAUUAUGCAGACCAUCGCCUUGAGCAUCUACUUUGGAGGGUUUAUGAAGACUUCACUUGAUCAUCUAACUUUAAUGAAUGUAUGGCUGUGCAUCGGUUCGAUACUUAUUAUCGUUUCCUUUCUCAAUCUUCUUAAAUACUCCCUUUCGUGGAGUUUCACCUGUGACAAAUUCUCAGAGCCGAAAAUCCAAACGUCAAGGAAGCGAGCCGCCUCCGAUUGUUCCGAAGAAAAAUGUGCAACAAAAUCUAUGAAUGGUUCAAUAACCGGAACUACUGCGAAGGUAUUACCAGAGGCACCAGCAUUCAGCGAAAUGGAGGAAGUCAGCUUUGCUAUUCAGAAACCUGUUAAGCCACCUUGUGCUGCGAAGUCUCGUACAUCUGACGCACAGUGGAUUUCCAGCCUUAAGGAUUCGGAAGUGUUGACUUUAGUUCGUGAAGGGCGACUGAAAACUCGGGAGCUUGAAUCUGCGGUUGAGAAUUUGCCAAGGGCUGUCAGUCUUCGCAGGCAGGAAUUAGCUUCCAGGCUUACCAACCCCCACGCUAUUGAUCACAUUCCGUUCGGCAAUUUUGACUAUCGGCCGGUUAUGGGGCAGUGCUGUGAAGAGGUUAUUGGUUACAUACCGAUACCCUUGGGAAAGGUCGGUCCCUUACUACUGGACGGCCGAGAACACUACAUACCCCUUGCCACUACUGAAGGCUGUCUAGUCGCAAGCACCAAUCGCGGUUGUCGGGCCUUGUACCUCUCCGGUGGCGUACGGACUGCCCUUUUUAGGGAUCAAAUGACACGUGCCCCUGUUGUGGCCUUUCCAUCAAUCGCAGAUGUGGUUGAAUGUAUAGCCUGGAUUGAAUCCCGCCAAGGCUUCGAAACUCUUCGGUCGGCUUUCAAUGAAACAAGUUCCCAUGCCAACCUUCUAUCCAUAUUCCCCAACCCAGCAGGUCGAUAUCUUCAUAUUCGCUUUGCUGCGAGAACUGGCGAGGCUAUGGGCAUGAAUAUGGUGAGCAAGGGAACCGAUCGGGCGAUUCAGUGUCUGGUCAAGAAAUUUCCUAAAAUGCAGGUGGUCUCGCUGAGCGGCAAUAUGUGCACCGACAAGAAGCCGGCAGCAAUCAACCAUUUUUUGGGUCGUGGGAAGUCGGUUCUCGCGGAGGCCCGUCUGCCGGGUCGUGUCGUCUCCAAGAUACUGCGCACCGAUGCGCCCAGUCUCGCUCGCCUGACCCGCAUCAAACACUGGACUGGCUCGGCUAUGGCCGGCGUUCCCGGGAUGGCCGGGUGCAACGCCCACGCUGCUAACCUGGUGGCUGCCUUUUUUGCUGCAACGGGACAGGAUCUGGCACAAGUGGUGGAUUCCAGUGCUUGUCUGACGCAACUGGAAGCAGAAUCCGAUGGGAGUCUAUACGUAAGCGUAACCAUGCCCUGCGUAGAAGUGGGAACUGUUGGUGGUGGUACCCGCCUACCGGCACAACGUGCCUGCAUUGAAAUGCUUGACCUCUCCAUAGAACGUCCUGCCCAGCAUCUUGCACGUUUGCUCGCUGGCGUCGUGGUGGCUGGGGAACUCUCCUUGUUGGCGGCUUUGGCGACCAACGAUCUCGUGAAAGCGCAUAUGCGCCUUAACAGAGCAGCGGCGGCCGUUGCUGUGGCAACAGCAGGAACUCCUACCGUGGAACGACGUGAAGACAACAUGCCCACUAACAAUGCCUUGCUUUCUCCCAAUUCAGGCCACUUUGCCAUGUGA